AUGAGGAGCCAGCCCGGAGACCCCUCCUCCAUCAACCUGUCCGUCCAGCAGGUCCUCAGCCUCUGGGCCCACGGAGCCGUGCUCAGGAGCCUCACCGAAAUGUGGUACUGGGUUUUCCUCUGGGCCCUCUUCUCCUCUCUCUUCAUCCAUGGUGCUGCAGGAGUUUUGAUGUUUGUGAUGCUACAGAGACAUAAGCAAGGAAGAGUAAUCUCCAUCAUUGUGGUCAGCAUUGGAUUUCUGGCCUCUGUAAUUGGAGCAAUGAUUACCAGUGCAGCGGUAGCAGGCAUUUACAGAGUAGCGGGAAAAAACAUGGCCCCUUUGGAAGCACUGGUAUUUGGGGUCGGACAGACGGUGUUGACAUUAAUCAUCUCCUUUUCGAGGAUCCUUGCUACCCUUUGAGGCUCUUACGGAAACUCUUCACUUCUCAUAAGGCAAUCUCAUGAGGAAAGGCAGAAGAAAGAGUCCCUGGAAAUGGUUUCAGUGCUUGGAGGAUACGUAAUUGUGCAAGAGGAAGCAUGUGGAUAUGCGGAUGUGCAUUUUAAAACUAGAGGACGAGUGCCGUGUUGAGGGGGAAACAUGAAGAACUGCCCUCUAGUUUUCAAGAUGUUGCACUAUUGCACUGCACCUUAUGUGCCUCUGCCGCAGGCAAGGUGCACUCCAUACACUGUAUGUGAAGCUACAAGAAAAAGCACCUUGUUUAGCUGCCAAUCAGGUUAACAGUGGAGAUGGAGAGAAUUGUUGUUAACAGUGUUGUGAGCAAUUUACAGGGACAUUUCUGAGGAAUUGAUGCGUGCCAAACUUGAAUAUUUUUUAGUCAUGUGAUUGUUUGAAAGUGUAGAGUUAGUAGAGUGCUCUGAAUUUAUUUCACACAAAUUCAGGUAAAGUAGUGAGUUUUACUGUUUUCUAGCCGAAUCCCACCAAGAUUGCUGAGUGAUAGCUCAUUCAGUGUGGGAUAAAUGACUUGAUUUUGCAUAUUGAGCGUUACUGGAAUUUAGGGCAGAAGCCCAGCUCUGCGUCAAGAACAUGUUGUAAUUUGGGUUAAUAAAUGUGAAAAUCCUUUGAGGGAAAUGAGACCAUUUUGAAAAUUC